UGACCGGAUCUAGAAGUCUCGCAGUUUCUCGUACGUCUACAUGAGUUCUGCGAGAGCGAAAUAAAGUAAAAAGGCAAAGAAAAAGAGAGAGUACUCUGCGGUGAACCUUUAGAAUGGCUCUCAACGGCUCAAGCAUGUCCCUUGCACGACGCUGCCUUGUGCAGUGCAAGAGGAACUAUGGUAUCACAGCUGUACUUGCUCAGAAAACCCCGACGGACCCAAUUCAGAAACUGUUCGUAGACAAGUUGCGGGAAUACACGCAGAAGAGCAAGUCAUCUGGAGACCUAUUUGUAGACCCUAACCCUGCCAUAAAGAAGGAAUACGAUGACGAGAUAAAGAGGGCAGAAACCCAGUACGGUGGAGGAAAGGGUGUGGACAUGUCCAAGUUCCCAGAAUUUAAAUUUGUUGAUCCUGAGCUAGACCCUAUCAGCACUGAGAAGAAAUAGUGGAGAGCAGCAGACAGCUACCCUGUACAGUCCUUGAGUGAAUAAAAUUGGCAUACUUAGCUUUA